AUGGAACACUUGGUGCAUGAGGUGAAGAAGGGGAGGCCGGGCCCUGAUUCGCAAUGGCUUGUGACCGGCUAUGCUCACAUUGCAUUGAUGGGGCCCAAGCCUGCCGUCAUGCCAAAUCGGGCAGCGGGGCCUGUGAUGGUGACCCGCACCAGCAAGAUUGCCUGGGCGUUAUGUGCUGGACGGCAUUCGGAUGUGAUGGCUCACAGAGGUAUUUUUAGGGUGAUUUAG